AUGUGGCGAGUGGGGUGUAAAUGUCUUCACAAUAACGACAUGGACAUUUCUGAACGUUCGAGCUAUCGAGAUUUUGUAUGGGCGAUUGAACUUAAUCGAUUUGGUCUGGAAUUUGUUGGUUUGUGGCCGGCAAUUGAUAAAACAUCUAAAACCAGCUCCGUUUCCGAUCUUCGCGUAGUCAUUAGUUUUGUUACCGUUACUCUUUUAACCGUAAUUCCUCUUAUAUAUUCUCUUGUGCGGGUGUGGGGUGACAUGAUACUAAUUAUAGACAAUCUUCAACUCACUCUGCCCAUGGUUAUGAUUUCGUUUAAAAUUGUCAUCAUGCGAUGGAAACGAUCAGCUGUUACAUUUAUUGUAAAAAUGAUAGCGGAAGAUUGGAUGACAGUUAGAACGGAAGCCGAAAGAAACGUGAUGAUAAGACAAGCGCGAGUCGCCCGUGUGAUAAUGAUCUGCGGAUACUCUUUGAUGGGAUUCGCGUUCGUCAUGCUUAUUAUUCUUCCUUCAUUUGGCAUACACUUCAGAUACUUGACGAAUAUCACCGACGGAGUCAGAGAGUUGCCGCUUCAAACGUCGUAUUUUUACAAAACCGACAAAAGUCCGCAGUUCGAACUUACGCUCGCCUCUCAAGCCGUGGCGAUAUUCGUAGGCGGGAUAGCUUACACGUCGGUGGACGCGUUCUUCGGACUCGCAAUUAUUCACAUAUGCGGUCAGCUGGAGAACUUUCAGCACAGAAUGAUCACCUUGGUGUCGAAUAUAAAUUUCGACGCCGCUCUGCGUAAUAACAUACUUUCCGGUGCUGAGAUAAGCGACAUGUCUAUUACACGAAAAUUUUUUGUACUACUGUGUAUCGUUAUCUUAUUUUCGCACAUGCUUCUGUACUGUGCUGCUGGCGAGAUGGUAGCAAAGCAAUGCGAAGAAGUGUAUCGUACUAUAUGCAACCUCGAGUGGUACAAAUUGGAGUCGAGAAAACGAAGAAAUUUUGUUAUAUUGAUGCUUCGUUGCAAUAAACCUUUCCACAUCACCGCAGGCAAACUAUUUCCAUUAACGAUGUCGACGUUUUGCAGUUUAGUAAAAACGUCAGCCGGCUAUAUAUCAUUUUUACUGGCUAAGAGCGAGUGAAAUUAUCUGUGUGUG